UUUGAGUUAAUAAUGAAUGAUUGUAAGAGAUUAAGAGAUAAGGUACAUGGGACUGACGAGAUUGUGCCUGUUUGGUGCCAGGAUGUUUAUGAAGCUCCUGAAGAGAUUAGGGAUGUGCUAUAUAAAGAAGAAUUAGAUGAAAUAGCGAUGCUUCAAGAUUCUAUAGGAAUCUCCCCCUAUGAUGCGCUUAUUAAUGGAGUAAAUCAGAUUCCAUAUGAGAGAGAAGGACCGAUGGAGGAAAGUACUACUGCUGCUAAGAUUAAUGAUAUAAUUGAUGAGCAUACUAAUGAACAUGCUGAUGAGAAGACUAAUGAGAAGGCUGACAAAAAGGCUGACGAAAAGGCUGACGAAAAGGUUGACGAAAAGGCUGACCAGAAGGCUGACCAGAAGGCUAAAAAGAAGGCUAUUGCGAAGAUCAACGAGGUCAACGGUAGUAACAUUGAAGUACCUAAUCUAACUAAGGCAAGAAAAUAUGGAAAGAACUGGCACAAUGAUCUGUCAAUAUUUUCUGUUGAGUUGUUAUCCAAAAAUUACUUCAUCGAGAAGAACGUAGGAAAGCACUAUUCACUUCCAAUUAAUCCUAUGACUAUAAAUCAUACCUUAUGGGAGAUGGUAAAAGGUCUUUUUAGAAAAGUCAAACCAAAUCAGAAAUAAAGAUGCAAAAAUCCUGGCUGUUCUUAGAAUCUGCCUGGACAUCCCAUGGAAGAUUUAUAGCCAUUAUUUGUCCUACUUUAGAAAGAAGGAUCAGAGCCCCAGAUAUUUCUAUGAAACCUACUCUAUAGUUUAUGCUAUCGGUUUUGUAGAACUUUUUGAGGCAGUAAUUGGUCCUUGAGAUACAAUCAAACUCUUUUGUGAGUUUCUAUAUUUAUCUCAAAAACAGAAGCAAGGAAGUAUGAUUACAAAAGUGCAAUCAUUGAUCCAGAGUGUCAAUAUUGAUGGUGUGAAGUCUAAUGAGAUUUUAAGUCUCAUAUCAAAGAUUAAGCCUUUAAAAUAUAACAACAACAAAUGCGGUUUGUUCAGAUUGUUUAAAGAAAUCCCCUGUCUCUCCAUCAUACUCUCAAGAAUUCUCCAAGAUCCAGAUCUAACAGAUAACCUAACCCCUGCCGAACUUUUUGAACUCUCAGAACUAUGCUCUUCCAUCCCACCUGCUCAUUCCCCAUCACCUCAGCCUAAUAACUUCACUGAAUAAUCCAAUUUCCCCA